AUGGGUAAAUUUAAUCAACGCAACAAAUCUUCUGCGCAUAAGAGAAAUAAUAAAAAAUUUGCGCCUGAUCCUUGUAAAUCAGAUGAGGAUAUUGUUAAGGACUCGAUUCAUCUGUUUUAUUUAGAUAUAGAUGAGUUACUUACUAAUCCAAAUACAACUCGUCGUUAUAAAAAAAUGUUGAGAACCGGAAUUGGAAAUCCACCACGUCCUCAGAAUGCAUUUAUGUUGUAUAGAAGGAAUCAAAUGGCUGGUCCUCUAUUUAUAAAUAGAGCACCUGAAGAUAAAAAAGCGAAAUUUAUUUCAGGUGAAAUAGCAGGUUUCUGGAAUAAUGAAACAAAAGAAGUAAUGAAAACUUUCUAUGCUCUUCAAAGAAUGGCGAAGAAAAAACAUGGACAAAUUUAUGAAAAUUAUAAAUUUAUAAGAAAUUUUAAAAAUCAACUAAAAAUUCGAAAAACUGAAACCUAUGAAGAGUCGUCUGUAUCAUCCCGUUCUUCCUCAACUGAAACAUUUCCUGAAUCGUCGCCAAAUGAAGUCAUAGCUUCACCCAAUUCAACAAAUUAUGUAUCGCAAUCCUCAACGGAAUCUUUUGAAUUCGACUCUAUUAUUAGUUCCAUUUGUGACAAUAUACAAGAUUAUGAUAUUAUUUACGACUCAUUUGGCCAACCAUACUUAUUUAAUACUAAAACGGAUCAAAUUUGUUUUUUACCUAACAUCAACUUUGAUAAUUAUCAAACGAACGAAAUGAUGUUAAACACUUCCCAGCAACCAUGUAUUAUUCAACAACCUGAAUUAGCAAACAUUCCUCAAUCAUAUAAUGAAUUAGCAAACACUAUUCAACAACCUGAAUUAGCAAACAUUCCUCAACAAUCAUAUAAUGAAUUAGCAAACACUAUUCAACAACCUGAAUUAGCAAACAUUCCUCAGCAAUCAUAUAAUGAAUUAGCAAACACUAUUCAGCAACCUGAAUUACCAACCAUUCCUCAACAAUCAUAUAAUGGUCCUGAAUUUAUUCAACAACCUGAAUUAGUAAACAUUCCUCAACAAUCAUAUAAUGAAUUAGCAAACAUUAUUCAACAACCUGAAUUAGCAACCAUUUUUCAGCAAUCAUAUAAUGGUCCUGAAUUUAUUCAACAACCUAAAUUAGCAAACAUUCCUCAACAAUCAUAUAAUGAAUUAGCAAACACUAUUCAACAACCUGAAUUACCAACCAUUUUUCAGCAAUCAUAUAAUGGUCCUGAAUUUAUUCAACAACCUAAAUUAGCAAACAUUCCUCAACAAUCAUAUAAUGAAUUAGCAAAUACUAUUCAACAACCUGAAUUACCAACCAUUUUUCAGCAAGAACGAAUAUAUGACUAUCGCCCUGAUUUCAACCUUUCUCAACAAAUACUUUAUAAUAUGCUCUUUGAACAAAGCCCUCCCAAACAAGAUGGUUAUUCCCCUGGAUGUUCUUACAAAAAGUCAACAUAG